UUAUUUGCAUCGGCAUGAACUUCUCUCUCACUCUGUGUUGCUUUCCUUUCUCUCUCUAGAGCGUCUUCUUUCAGUAAAAAAUCUUGUGGAAUUUAAGUGUAUCUGAUCUUUCCUUAGCUUGGGUUUCUGCCUGAUCUUCCUCACCAUCAGAAAGUUUGUGAGAAAGGCUUGGUUUUUAUUCUGAUAUUCUGAUUGGGUCAAAGAUGCCGUGGACAUCCUUAUUUGUGGAUUACAAUAGGAACUGCGUUAGCUUGGUGGUAUUCUUUCACGUGAUUCAGUAAUUUAAUUAAUUCAGGCAAAGUCUCAUUAGAUCUUCUUAGCGUUUUUUUCUUUAUUAAAAUUGUGGGGGAGGAUUGAGAAUGUUCGUUGCAAUAACAACAAAGAGAAUCCAAGCUGUGACAGAAGUUGGGCAGAUUAAAAUGAAUGUUGGAUUCGCUGCACACUACCAACUAACGCAAGUUUGCCAGGCUGAGUAUUUCCGUCAGUUGCUAAAACCUAUUACGUAGUCUAGAAUCAAGUGACGUUGGUUUAGGGAGUAUUUUCCUUGUGUUGGCGUCAUCUACUGGAAGGCUGCAGAAGAGAUAAUUAGUGUUGAUUGGAGGAAGCAGCCAUCUUUUGUUAAAAUGCAUUCAGCUUAGUGCCUACUUUCUUCCUUUCCUUCCGUUAGGAACUUCCGUCAGCUUUAAGAGAGAAUAAUUGCCAGUUGCAAAGGCCAAGACAGAAUCACUUGCUGGGAGCUUACUGAUCAGGAACUGAACUUUGCCAUGCAGAAUCACGAGUAUAUUUACCCUGAGAAGUUCGUUCUCCCUUUGGUGCAUGAAGCAGUUGACACUUAUUUGCAUAGUCCUCUUGAUGCAGUUUUACCUUCCGGUGCUAGGCAGAUAACUCCCUUUGAAAGAGUUGAACUGCAACCCUCUGAGGUUUGCCCAAAGAAUUUCAUUAUCUUUGAUCAGACUGAUAACCGGAGCAGAAUUUUGUUCCAUCCUGCAAUGGCCAACAAAUUUAGUGGCCCUGGCUUGAAUGUUCAUGCUACCUAUAAUCGAGACUCUGAGAAAAACGAAGUUAAUCCUGUGGAAGGAGAGUUAUCAUCUCCUUUUGAAGAGGAUUCUGAGGACAUCAAUGCAUUGUUGAGCUUGGAUGGAGAAGAGCUAGAUGACCGUGAUGAGGAAGAAGUCAGCACAGCAAGGACUAACGAAAAUUAUGAAAGUAUUUGUGACACUUGCUCCAGUUAUGGCUCAAAAUCAAAGAAGAGAUCAUCAUCAUCUGUUCAAAAGUCGUCUAGGACCCAUGGUCACUGCAGCAACCCUGAAAUUAAGCACUGGGAAAUGAAGAGAAUGAUCAGGGUACUGAGAGGGAUUGUGCCUGGAGGCGGUGAGCAAAUGGAUUCUGUCACUGUUUUAGAUGAAGCUGUGAGAUACCUUAAGUCUCUCAAGGUGGAGGCUGAGAAACUUGGAGUUGCACCUUAAAAAUCUUGGUUGGAAACUUCGACUGUAUUCCUGUGGCAAUAAUCGAAAUUUAUCUGUCACCCUCUAUGAAUAGCACUCCUUCCAGUCUCCUUUCUUUCUUGUUCCCUGCUCAUGGGAAGAAAUCUUGGAAAGCAAUAAAUGACAGUUGGCAUUUUACAUAUUCAGGUCAUGUAAGACAAGAAAGUACAUUCAUGAUUGUACUCUUAGUUGCUGUUUGGCAUUGACUCUGUUGUUUUGCUACUGUUUUGUGUUGAGAUUGAGGAAUGACUGUAGUUCUUACCUCCUCUAAAAUUAUGGUAUAAUUGUUAUUAUCAA